AAUUUUUCUAAUGUUUUCUACUUGAACAGCUUUAAUUGGCAUCUUUAUUUGACAUCCAUUCAUGGCACCAUCAGCACACCAGGAACAGCUGUAUAACCAGCUUGUGGCCAGUCUUUCCAGCGAGGAGAUUUUGACCAAGUGGAGUGAGGUCACUCCGUUGAAGUCGAUCAGUGGAGUCCCUACUUCUAGUUCGUCCUCAAACGAUGAAACUCAAGGGUUGUUUGAAGGACAUGAUCAAGAACAAAUCAAGUUGAUGGAAGAGUUGUGUAUUGUGCUUGACUACAACGACACUCCUAUAGGGGCCGGGACCAAGAAGUUAUGUCAUAUAAUGGAUAAUAUCAAUCAAGGAUUAUUACAUCGAGCAUUUUCGGUGUUUUUGUUUAAUGAAAAGAAUGAAUUGUUAUUACAGCAAAGGGCAGAUGAAAAAAUCACCUUCCCAGCAAUGUGGACCAACACCUGUUGCUCGCAUCCGUUGUGUAUUAAGAGUGAAAUGGGGAUAUCGAAGGAAAAUGAAAAUGCUAGUGCAUUAGAACAAGCCAUUGAUGGGGCUAAGAUUGCCGCCCAAAGAAAAUUGGACCACGAGUUGGGGAUUCCUUUAAGAGACUGCGAGUACGCCAAUUUCCAGUAUUUAACUAGAAUCCAUUAUAAAAGUGCUAGUGGUGAUGAGUCCAGUAAAUGGGGGGAGCAUGAAAUUGAUUAUAUUUUAAUUUUGAAAUCGGAAAACCCUUCGGUCAAUGCCAAUCCAAAUGAGGUUAAGGAUUAUAAGUAUGUUAACCAAGAACAGUUGAAGCAAAUGUUCAAGGAUGAGUCUUUGGUUUUCACUCCUUGGUUUAAGUUGAUUUGUGAAACUUUCUUAUUCAACUGGUGGAAUAAUUUAGAUAAUUUGAAUUCCUUUCAAGAUGACAAAAUUCAUAGAAUGUUAUAAUGUA